UAUUAUACUUACGUGUUUACAAAUAUAUAAAUACAUAUCAUAUUAUAAUUAUUUAUUGUCGUAUAAAUAGACGCAACACACCGCAGUACGUACCUAUUUGUAUUUUGUUUUUGAUUUUGUUUGUGUAUGUGUGUGUGUGUGUAUAAAAGAGAGAAGAGCUUGUGUACGCGCGCGCGUGCUUAGUGUUUGUUAUUUUUUUUUUUUUUUUUUUUGUUUUUUACAUUUAUUCAAUAUUUUUUUUUUGCACGAAACCAUUUAUCUCGAACACUAUAAUGAAGGAAAAGAAGAUACUUCAAACGAAGUAUACCAUUCUACUGGUCCAUCAUACCCAAGUCCAUCAAGUAUGCUUCUAUUCCAGACACAGACCACAUUCACGCCGAGCAGUUUUGCCGAGCUGCUGUCCGGUUCUUAUUCCGAGCUGCCGCUGAACGAGGAGAUCGACUCGCUGACGGACGUGCACGCCGCGCUGACGGACGCCGCCGAACAACAGUUACCGAUUCACCAGCAACAGCACCAGCAGGAUGGCGGUUCGGGCCUACAGUUGCCGAGUUUCCAGGAGACGUACGCCGCCACGGGCGUAGGGUUCAAAAUGGAAGAGGAUUACGGUCCGCCGACCACUGCGGCGACCGCGGUGACCAUGACCGCUUCGUCCGCUUAUCAUCCGCACCACCAUUCCCAACUCAAUCACCACCAACACCAACACCACCACCACCAGCAACAACAGCAACAACAACAACAACAACAACAUCAGCAUCACCAGCAACAGCCGGCACAUCACCAGCUCCUGCACCAACACCUCGUCCAACAACAACACCAGCAGCAGCAGCAGCACAACGGACAGCAACAUCAGCAGCAGCAACAGCAACAGCACCACCACCAACACCACGGACCGGCGCCCCCGGCCCCGCCGCUCAUACAUUUCGACUAUCACUUUCAGCAUUUUCCGGGCGCGUUGCCGCCGCCGCCGUCGUCUCAGCAGCCGCCCGAUUCGCCGACCGCCGAUCAAGGCGGCACGGCGUCCGUGUUCGAACCGAUGUUGGAUCACGUGCAGGUGGUCAUGUCGCCCAAGCAACACCAUCAACAGCACCACCACCACCACCACCAACAACAACAACAACAACAACAACACCAACAUCAACAGCAGCAGCAACAACAACAGCAGCACGUCGUCGUAGCCGUCAAUCACCAGCACCACCAUCAACAACAACAGUCUCUGCAAGUGUCUCAGCCACCGCCGACGUCGCGGACCACAGCCACGUCUCUGAUGAUCGACGCGGCCACGGAGCAGCUGCAGCACGUCGUCAACAACGCCGCCAUGGUGGACGCGGCCGCGCGGUCCUCGAGGACUCCGUCGGUCGCGGCAGUGUUGGCGCUCAGGGCCGGUACCGAUCCGUCCGCCAGCAGCAUGUCGCCGAAAAUACGGCAUUGCAUCAACACGCUGUCGGUGACAGUGCCCGUCGAAUGUUCGCCGCCCACGCCAGACGCCGCUUGUAUGAUGCCGCAGAGGAACGCCACCGCCGUGGCCACUGCUCCGUCUUCACCGUCCCAAUUGUGCGCAGUUUGCGGUGACACAGCCGCGUGCCAGCACUACGGAGUACGCACCUGUGAAGGUUGCAAAGGAUUUUUUAAACGGACCGUUCAAAAGGGCUCCAAGUACGUUUGUCUGGCCGAUAAGAACUGUCCGGUGGACAAGCGCCGACGGAAUCGGUGCCAGUUUUGUCGAUUCCAGAAGUGUCUGCAAGUGGGCAUGGUGAAGGAGGUGGUGCGAACCGACUCGUUGAAAGGUCGUCGUGGCCGUUUGCCGUCCAAGCCCAAGUCACCUCAUGGAUCGCCGCCCAGCCCGCCCGUGUCGCUCAUCACCGCGCUCGUCCGGGCUCACGUCGACACCAAUCCAGACUUUUCGUCGUUGGAUUACUCGCAGUAUCACGAACCAAAGCCGUUUGAACCACUGAUCACCGAAGCGGAAAAAAUUCAACAGUUCUUUGGAUUGCUCACGACGUCUGUGGAAGUUAUCAGACAUUUUGCCGAAAAGAUACCAGGAUUCAAAACUCUGUGCAAAUCGGAUCAAGAUUUACUAUUUCAGUCAGCAUCUUUAGAACUAUUCGUGCUCCGUCUCGCGUACAGGACAAAAUAUGCCGAUACAAAACUAAUAUUUUGUAACGGAGUGGUUCUGGAUAAACAACAGUGCCAUAGAAGUUUUGGCGAUUGGCUACAAGCUAUAUUAGACUUCAGUCAAUCAUUACACUCGCUGGACAUCGAUAUAUCAUCUUUCUCUUGCCUGUGUGCCUUAACUCUGAUUACAGAACGGCACGGUCUCCGAGAAGCGAAAAAAGCUGAACAGAUCCAGAUGAAAAUCAUCAAUUCUUUGCGGGAACACAUCACGUACAGCAUGUCUGAUUCGCAGCGCAAGUCUUAUUACUUCUCGAGACUACUGGCAAAACUGCCCGAGUUGCGUUCACUCAGCGUACAGGGGCUCCAGCGGAUAUUCUACUUGAAACUAGAAGACCUGGUCCCCGCCCCGCCGUUGAUCGAGAACAUGUUCAUUGCUAGUUUACCAUUUUGAAGAAAACGAUCAUCCAUACAUAUAUUAUAAAUAUAUGUAUGUAUAUAUAUAUAUAUUAUGUGACGUAAAAUCAUAGAAGUGAAUACGAUUUUCUUGAUAUCUGAUAUCCUCUAAGUAUAUCUAUUCAGUUCUGUUAUACCUAUACGUAUAUAUUGUUACCUACAUCGAUAUUUAAAUAGCGUAUAAUAUUAUAUACGUAAGAGAGC